AUGCAGCCGUGGUUGAGUACGAGCUUGUUUUACAUUGCAGAAGCACCAGCAGUGCUUUUUUUGACGCUGUACCUGCUGGUCCGUUACCCGACACGGCUGCCUGGCCUUGGUACACCGUGGUACGUUUACACGACGGUAGGCUUAGCGUGGUUUCUCUCGUUUCUUGCACUGAUCCUGUUACCUGCUGAUCUCGCGGAAACGCUUUUCCGUCGCUGUGAGUACCUCAACAAACGAAGUGGCGAGGACCUCUCCCUGCACCUGCGGAACUGUGCUCCACCGAGCUUGAGUCCGGCAGCGCUGCUGGCCACCUGGCAGGCGCUCUACUGGACCUCACUGGUGCUUGGCUGGAUUCUGCUGCCUCUAGUUCAGUCGAACAUUUCUCUGGAACACCUCCCGCUCCGAGAGCGUGUCCGCAAAGCGCUUCGCCCGCAGCUUAUCGCCCUGGCUGUGCUCGCUGUCGUGCUGAGUGCCCUAGCUGCAGCGGUGCGCUCUCCGCGGCAUCACGGCCUGCAACUGGAGACCUGGCGUGCCACGAUUAUCGGUUUGAAUAAUGCAUUCGGUCUCUUUCUCUUGAUGAUCUUUCUGGGUUUCGGACUCGUAGAGCUACCGCGCACCCUGUGGGAACGAAGCGAUCCGCGACGUCGCCUCCGAGCCUACGCGAUCCGCAUCGCUGAGCUUCAUGCGCGGCACCUUGAAACACUCCAGAGCUUGAGUCGACUCCGCCUGCAAGCAGCGGUGCUAGGCAUUGGCUGCACCGAUGACCAGACCUUGCAGUCACAGGAGCAAUCACAUAUGCCUGGACAUGCACGCUCCGCGACACACGCUUAUCGACAGGAGCUCUGUUCUCGUAUAGAGACGCUGUUGAAUUUGGUACCGCUGCAUUCAUCGGAUCUAGAGAUAGGCCAGCAGCCACAAAAAACAUGGAGUUCGGCCACCCCACGAGCGACCCGAAUGGCGGAAUCGGCAUCCCUGGGGACGCUCUUUGUCGAGGUGCGUCGCGCAGUGCUCGAGUACCGGCGUAUCGAGUACCUGUGGCAACGGAUCUCGCAACGAGCGCUCUUUCUGCAGGAUUUGCUUCAGUGGCGAUCGGCGGGAUGUAGCUCGAGCGCUGCAGCGAGCUCAGCAUGUGCCGGAGUGCUUUCCACGGGAUCCGUAUCGACCAGCGACGUGGACCGGAUGCCGUCUACACUGGUGUACGCUUGCAGGGCAGGGGAAUCACCUGGAGCAACCGCUAGCCGUAUGGGCUCGUUUCACGACGCCGGUGAAGACUUGUCUCCGGAACGGAGCAUGAGGAUUGUUCACGACCGAGCGCUUUCGAAUGGUGAUGCGACGAGCAUGCCCCAUCUGACGAAGCAUGCUACUGGUGCUGGAGCUGGCUCGCCCCAGCGGAUCUAUAUCUCCGAAUGCGAACGUUCCGUGAAUGCCGCUGUCGGUACCAAACGUUGGAUCGACGGCAUGCAACGGUCUCUGGCCUUGCGCUGGCGAGCGUAUGGCGAGCCGUUCUGUCUCCGCGUGCAGGCGGUCGUGUUGUUUAUCGUUGCAAGUGCGGUGUGUCUCAGCGAGCUGACCAUCUGGACUGUGCUGCUGACGCCGCCGCGCAGCUUCUCUCCCUUCGCUCGGGCACUUCAUAGUCUACCGCUGUCGCCGUUGGGCGUACAAGCCAUGGCACUCAGCCUUGUCUGCACGCUGACCUCGCUGGUGUACUUUGCUGUGUUCCACCUGCAGAUCUACCGUUGGUAUGAACUGGUACCAGGAUACGUCGAUGGUCAAAUGCUUUGUCUGAAUGCGAUGCUCAUGAGUCGUUUCCUGCUUCCUCUUUGCUACCACCUGAUUUUCUUAUUGCACGAGAAUCGAGAAGCUGUCGCGAGGCUGCUCCUGUAUCAAUACCCGCAGCUGAUGCGGCAUUCGGGACAAGACUCGUCGACUGUUCCAGUUACCGCGUUUGAAACGCUCAUGGGUUCUAUGCAUAUUGUUCCUCUAUUUGGUAAGGCUUUCAAUUAUUUCUAUCCAUGCUCUUUAGUGAUUUCGGCGCUGGGAACGUAUUUCCGUCUCUGGGGACGUCUGCUUGAUCGGUUUGGCCUGUCGCGCUCAUUAGAGUUCGCUGAGGAGACUAUUUCCGCUGCUGCGAACAACGAAGUCAUCGGGAGGCAGCUAUUGCAGCGGGAGCGAGCACGACGCCAAGAGGCAAGUCCCUGCGGUCUGGAACCAGAAACGCGGGAACGCUGA